AGACAUCUGGCGGCUACAGAAUCCCUCCGCUCGGGACUACUCCUAUUUCUCUUCAGUUCAUAAUUCGCAUCAAAGGUUGGAUUACUUGAUGGUCCACGCUUCUCUGUUACCAUGGGUAACGACCACAGGUUUCUAGAAUAUAGGAUACGCUCAGUGAAUAUCUUCUGUAUAAGAUACUUCUUUUGAUUGACCAUCAAGGAUGAACAGGGACAAGAUGGCAGAGAGUAUUAUAAAUCUCACCCUAGAGAUCCUCUUCCAGCUUACUGGAGAGGACUACACAGUAGUGAAGAAGACCUCUAGUGAGCGCUGUCAGGUUCCUGUGUCUAAAGGAUGGGAAGGAAUCCUAAGCCCAAUACAUAAGGAAAUUGAUAGUGAAAAUAUCCUAGAACUCACCAACAAGAUGAUUGAGCUGCUGACUGGAGAGGUUCCUAUAAGGUGUCAGGAUGUCACCGUCCAUUUCUCCAUGGAGGAGUGGGAGUAUUUAGAAGGACAUAGAGAUCUGUACAAGGAAUUCAUGAUGGAGGGUCACCGGCCUCUCACAUCACCAGUUAAGGAAGAGAGAAGAACACCAGAGAGAUGUCCCAGUCCUCUUCUUCCACUGGAUGGUUCAGAACAUCAUUAUGUCCCACAAGAUCAGCUCGUGAAUCCAGGUGAUGAUCUGAACAAUAUUAAUCCUACAGAGACCUAUGUGAGGGGUGAUGAGCAGAGUACAGAGGACAUUCCUACAGAUACCCGCCAUGAUGACUGUACCAGGAACUCAGAGGAACUUCUCAGAUCUUUAGAUUUUAAAGUUGAUGAUAGUGGUAUAACACAAGAUACAUAUGAAGAGCAUGCCAACAUCCAAGAUAUAUCUUCAUCCAUUCACAUCAAAAAUUUAUCAUCUGAUUCAUCACAGACUGUAACACAAAAUAAAAGUCCCAAAAUUAGGGAACAUCAAACAGCUCAUAUAAGGGAGAAGCCAUUUUCAUGUUUAGAAUGUAAGAGCUACUAUAGCUGUCAAUCGGAACUUGACAGACAUCUGAGAAUUCACACAGGAGAGACGUCAUGUUCAUAUUGUGGAAAAAAAUUUAACUGGAAAUCAAAUCUUGUUAAACAUCAGAGAAUUCACACAGGGGAGAAGCCGUUUUCAUGUUCAGAAUGUGGGAAAUGUUUUAACCAGAAAUCGGCUCUUGUUAUACAUCACAGAAUUCACACAGGAGAGAGACCAUUUUUAUGUACAGAAUGUGGGAAAUGUUUUAACAAUAAAUCAGCUCUUGUUAUACAUCAGAGAAUUCACACAGGGGAGAAACCAUAUUUAUGUUCAGAAUGUGGGAAAUGUUUUUACCAUAAAUCACAUCUUAUUACACAUAACAAAACUCACACAGGAGGGAAGUCAUCUUUAUGUUUUUCCUGUUAGUGACCACCCAUACAUGUUUUUACAGCCGUCACUAACUGGUUUUCAGCACCUUGCUUUUAGAGGUAGCUGAGGGCUUGAAGUAAAGAUCGGGGGCCUCUGUGAAAGGUCCUUGAACACGUAUCUCCUGUAUUAAAUUAAUACCAAUGAUAAGCGGUAAAUUACAGUUAAAAGUAAAACUAUAAUGUUUUUCUUAAAACUCCUCUCAGUAAAAUUAUUUUGUGAAAGUAGCUAAAAACAUAAGAGCAGGUCCCCUUAAAUGUCCAACAGUCUUCUUUUGGAGGAGGGCAGAUUAUAAUACACUAAGAUAUUGGAAUAUAGUGCAAUGCAAAAAAAAUUCAACAGUGGUGGGACUUUAUAUAGCGGUAUGAUAGUACAUUUCAUUGAUUAUAUUGGUUUUGGUUGGUGACUGUUGUCAGCUAUCAGCACUCCCUAAAUCCCCUUGUAACAAACCUGAGGUGCAGAUGAGAAAUGGUCUGUUCUCAGUUAUUGCAAUUCAAAACUUGUUGUUGUCAAUCACUAAUAAACAUUUUCUUUUGUUAUGUA